AUGAUGAACGAAUUUUCGACGGAAAUUCAAAAGAGAUUUGAUUUUGUCUACAACGAUCCGGAACAGAUUUGGAAAAAGCGGCUGAUCGCUCUGGGAAUCAUUGUAUUCGUUGGAAUCAUCUUGUACAAAACAUUUCAAACGGAAUCCGAAGUCGAAGCUGUAGCCAACAAAGUUGAUCGGAGAGAGUUCGCCAGUUCAUGUGAACAAACAUGGAGGCGCUUUGGGGAGUAUUGCUACCAUAUCAACAAUGCUUGGACGCGUUAUGAUAGAGCGGUGGCAUAUUGUGAUAAAUUUGAUAGUGAAUUGGCAUCGAUUCACGGACCAGAUGAGAAUCAAUUUCUUCUGGAACUUCUUCGCCGUAAAGGGACAGACGGAGGCGGAUGGAUUGGGUUUAAGCUGAACGAGAGCAAGUGGAUCUGGGCGGACAAGACGCCAUCGGACUACACAAAUUGGCACAAAGGGGAACCGAAUCUACUUGACACUGAACAUUGGGCUGAGAUGAGAGCCAAUGAUGGAACGUGGAACAAUAAAGCUGAUACGUACCCGGUGCACGCCAUUUGCAAGAAACCAGUCGAU